AUGGCCGACCGUGUGCACCGCGUGACCAUGUUCAAGAUGCCCAAGGAGGAGGAUCGUAAGCGGAUGCUGGAGGCGUACAACGCGCUGGCAAAGAAUAAUCAAAAGGAUGGCAAGCCGUACAUCCUGUCCAUGGUCGUCGGCCCCGCCGAGGAGGACCAGCGCAGCCAGGGAUACACCCUCGUCUCAAAGACCGAGUUCGCCAGCCUGGAGGACCUGAGGUACUACGACGACGCCUGCACCGCCCACGAUGGCGUCAAGGCCGUGGUCAGGUCUGUCCAGUGCGACGGGAUCCUCACCGUGUACUUCAAGCCCCAGGAGAUUGGCGGCAUUGCCCCUUGA